GGGGUCUCUGUUUAGGUAUCCAUUUUACUACAACACUUGUUGCUUGAUCAGUGCGUUACUUUAAGCAGUUGCAAUAAGACGUGAAUAUUUUUGAGAUACUUUUCAAGUUCUAAAACAUAGAAAAAGCAAAUAUGGGCAAUCCAAUCUGGUUUAUAUUUUGGUUUUUGGUAUUUUGGUUCAUAUCGUUCUUUUUAGCUUUCUUCUGUGCUGGCAUCUACAUUAUUUUGCUUAUAUUUGUAGUUUGUUUCCCCGGUUUAUCGUCUAUUACCGAUAUUCUACUGCAGUGUAUACAAUUCCCUCAGUAUUGUGCCAAAGCUAUGAUGGAGUGCAAAUCGCCUUUCUAAAUUUUUAAAUCUUGAAGUCUACCAAAUUUCUGUUAAAUUGAAAAAAUGCAUUUUGUUUUAUUUAAUUUUUUUCUUAAGUUAGUUAAUUAGUUAUUUUGUAACACAUUAAUUUUUUUUAUAUAUAUUAUAAAAUAAGAUUAAAAACAAUUUUUUUUGACUAAUAAAAGUUAAGCAAUUUUUUAACAAAA